ACUAGCCUAUUACUUGUUGGGAACAUUUCAGAGUUUGCAAAAAUUCCCAAGACCAACCAUGCCGGGAACAUUAUUGCAAUUAUGGCCGGUGUGUAUGUGGUUCUUAGCAGUACAGGUGCAGGGCCAUGUCCACAUAACCAAUGGCAUACAGAAUUCUUCGCGUCCUGUCUUAUCCAACAGCGAUGCUCUUUCUCUUCCUAACCGGCAUUUCGAAAACGGGCAUGAACAGUCGCUAAGCAUCAUGUUUUACCUGAAACAGAAAGACACACCAUCGGACCAGCAGUACAUCUACUGGCUGGAGGAGUUUAAAUGGCUGCUGCCAUUACCACGCCACAUGGGCCUCCAUGGAGUGGCCAUCUACUCCACGAAUCUUUCGGUUCCCCAGAUAGAAGACGCGCUCAAUUAUGCAUGGGCGGAAGCGUUCAAGCAGUAUACCAGUAGUCCCAGCAGCGUGCUUACGGAUGCGCCGCAUGUGCGAUUAAUGUCGAUUGUGAAUUCUGCUGUACCAUCCAAAUCAAGGUCAUCGGUAGCGCGGAUAAUUUAUACAGUCGUCAUGUCUAACGAUUCACAUCAAGCUAAAGCCAAUGCGGGACCGGCUACAACGAAUAUUCGGAUCCGCAAAAUGAUUCCUCCGACAAAGGAUGAACUCAAACAGAAACUGCAGGAAAAAGGUGUCAACGUGUACAAUGAGACGGUACUGCCCAUAUUACCGGCGAUUGGGAGUAGUCCUCCUGCCUGUCAUAUACAUCUGGGAGAAGCCGGAACCAACAUCCCGAUCGUAACGGAAGCCACUGGGGCUGAACCUACUGCACCGCGCUUUGAUGGAGGAUUUUCGCCGACUCGUAGGUUGAAUUGCGAGGAGGUGUUUAUCAAACCCAAAGCCGACAGCCUGUCGUCAACUAAUAACGAUCAGAAGGAUGCCCCCUUGCGUACAACCGAUCCUGACUGGUCCUUUCGUUUAUUCUAUUCCGAACCCGUAAACCUGCAAAAUUUACCAAAUUUGCAGAGACAGAUAGUUCAAACACUGGAAACCGCAUUAGAUAAGCAGACGCAGUCCAUUGUGGUGGCAUUAUGGAAUCCCGACGUGGACAACGGGACGGCUAUCAAUUUUUUUAUUCGGCUGAUUAAUCGUUACCAGCAGUAUAUCGAUCUGGAUUCGCGCAUGCUGUACGCGGACGCUAUCUAUAAACGACUGGAGGGCGCAAAAUAUAUCGCACAUCGUGUGCUGUCUAAGCUGUCGCGCGUACGGCUCGCCGGAGAACCUGACCUCAUCUCGGAGAAGUUUCUCAUGGACUGUAAAGAAGGGAGAAAAUUACGGGAUCGCAACGACAUGCCAUGUCCACUACGCCCUACGUUUGCUCUACAUUAUCUUCUGCGGCCGAAUGAGACACUGUCCAACGAAACGGUGCUAUACAAUGUGACCAGGGAUUUUGCCGACGCCAAUCCGUUAAGCCUCAGCGGUGUAGAAUACCACAUCAGCCUCGUUAACCGCACACAACUGGCUCACUUCCAGACCUUACGAGGGUACACACUUACCCGCUGUGACAUGACCUUCACCGUGUCCAACUUGCGCCGAGGACGGAUAGAACAUAUAUGGCGAUUUCCUCGUACCCUACCUGCUUACGAGCCCAACAAUUCGUUCCGCGUGUUCCCAACUACCCCGAUGAACUAUCAACUGUUGCCGGUUUUUGAGGAUACCAUCAAGGAAUACGUGAACAGUUUUCGAUCGGCCGAUCAAGAUGUGCAUAUAUGGAAUCCAGAUCUUACGGGCAACGUCGUCGAUUUCUUCAUUGAGCUGACUGAAUCUGCCAUCUUUAAUAACGGUCCAGGUUUCGUUGAUCCCAGUUCUCAUUUUGGCAAACUGAUGUACAGCCAAAUCUGCCGCAGUAUGAAGUUGACCUCACGUUUCUCCGAUGUGCCGGUGGUGAUGAUGAAAUUUAGCUGCCAGAACACAUCGUGCGCGAACAACCAAUCGCCUGAGCAGUGCAUUACUCAAUCGACGCCCAAACGCAGCCCGUUGCCUUCGACGUUUUCUCUUCACCUAAUGAAGAUAGAAAACAUCAAGAACGGCCAACCCCACGAUGGACCAGAUUUGAAUAUCGACGCUGUCCUGCAUGCCGUUGGCAACGCCUUCUCCGCAGCCAAUCCGCUAACCAUCGACGACCUUUCUCUCAAUAUCACGCUAACCGGACAUUCCGAUGACUAUAUGACACCUGAGGGGAAAACGGUGGAAGAGUUUAACUUUACACUGACGCAUCGAGAGACGAGCUCCAGAAAAUAUUGGAAUUUGUGGCGUUUCCCCGAUCGUUCAGUGAUGGGUAGUUUUUUGCGAAACAAUGCAUCCGCCGUUGUUGUUGGUGCUUAAUUUCGUCGGACGCUGGAUUACCGAAUCCACGAGCACGAAAUCUAAAAGAUGGACAUAAUACAAAUACAAAUCGCCUUUCAAUGUGCUGUAUUCGGUUAAGCGUCAGCUCUCUUCAACCGUUCAACGAAAUAUAUAUGGCUGUCACUGCUAAACUGUAACUUCGUAUACUUGUGAAUUUCAACAGCGGUUCCGAGGAAUGUGGCUCAGCUGCUUUAAGGGAAGUGGCCCGGUACAUGGUACCAAAAUCGUGUACAUGCACGAAAUAUUUGACUUUCGCGCACUCCCAAACCCUUUUUUCUCUUGUUUUAUGACAUUCUGUAGCCAGAUGAUUUGUACACACAGGCGUGAAAACCGUUUGUACGCGCAACAUCCGGUUCGGGAGUUAUGGCUCUUAGAAAAUUCCAAAAAGUUUAAAUGCAUUCAGGUGUACCAAAAGUCUCAUUACGAACCAAUCUCCUU